AUUCGCCAUUAUUGUUUAAGUUUGUUCUGCUUCACCGGUUCUAGCUACAGCUAUCUACAUCUCCGUGUCUCUGGAUCCAUAUGUAAAAAUAUAUAUAUAUAUAUAUAUAUUCUCUCUGCUCCCCUGAGUUAGUUUUAGUAGUAUUGGAUGUUCUGAUUUAUUUCUAGAUUACUUGUAAUAUCUUUGAAUAUGAGGAGGCUGUUUUGAGAUCUGUACAGAAUUCCUCAAAUAAUAUGCAAAUCAUGACAUACGAGAACGGUUAGCCUGAUCUAUCAAUAAAGGCCCUGUAAUUUCAUGAAGUGGUUUGGUAGACAAAGCAAGAUGAAUUCAUGUUUGAAGCUGAAGAUGAAAGACAAAGAGGAGACGCCAUUUAUGAAGAAUGGAAGACUGUUAUUAGAGGAACGUAUCGCCCUUUUCAAUGGGAAAUGCAAUCCUAUCCGUUUCUUUUCGGCCAAGGAGCUCAGCACAGCAACAAACAACUAUGACGAAAGUCAACUUUUUCUGCAUGAUGGUAGUUUUAAAUUUUACAAGGGUUGUCUGGAAGGCCGCUUAGUUUCAGUUAAAAAAUUUGAUGACCAUCGACACAGGCCUUUAACUAGAUAUGAGGACAUUUUUAAAGACGUUGUAAUUGGAUCAAAUAUGAGUAUUCACAAAAAUGUUCUAAAGCUCCUAGGAUGCUGCCUAGAAACCCAAUGGCCGACUCUAGUGUUUGAAUAUGUAGGGCACAAGAAUCUCAAAGAGUGCAUUCGUUAUCGAAUCGAGCCUUAUCAACCGAUACAAUGGAAGGGUAGGUUAAGGAUUGCAAUGGGAAUUGCAAAUGCAGUUGCAUAUCUCCAUACUGCAUUAUCCAUGCCCUUUGUACACAGGGAUAUUCAGUUGUCCCACAUUAUGUUGGAUGAGAAUAAUGUUCCCAAGUUGAUUGAUUUCUCGCUCUCUUUACCUAUUCCUGAAGGUCAAUUGCAUGCAACCGAUGGUGUUGUACGGUCGAGAAUUGGUUUUGUUGCACCUGACUAUUUUCUUACAAGCAACUUUACUCAGAAGGAUGAUGUGUAUUCUUUUGGUAAAAUUCUACUUGUGCUUUUGUACAAUGAAGCCCAUAUACUAUUCUUUGAGAAGGCCGAAUAUGAUGAACAGCGGUUGAUUGAAAUUGUAGAUCCAGAAUUGUUGAAAGAAAGUGUUGAUCAGCAGCAGUUUCUAACUUUUGGAAACCUUGCCCUGAGUUGCAUCUCAAACAAACGAGAAGAUAGACCAACAAUCACUGAUGUGGCUAAACAACUCAGGCAGAUUUAUGAUCAGUGUCUCUGAUCAACACCUUAGAUUAGCUAUGUUACAGAUUGAUUAAUAUGUAUAUUCAGGGUCUUCUAUGCUCUAUAAUACAUGCAGCAUUUGAAGGCACAAAUCUAUCAUCAAGAAUGUACUCAAUUGAAUAAAAAGGCAUACAUGCAGCCAUGUUACUAUUUAUAUAUGCAGAGGGCAAAGCUGGGUGUCGAUUCCCCAUUAUUGCAGCUAAAAAAAA